UUUACCAUACUUUUCGUCGAUUCAUGCAAUUGGAGUGUGAAAAACCAUACAGUGUUUAAACUUAGACGAAGAACUGGAUUUUAGUAUCUCCCGUAAUGGGGGAUAGCGUUACUCUCUCGCGCAGGUUCAAGUAUCUUCUAGGUACGCAGUUUCUUUGCAGAAGCAUCUCGUUCACAGUCAAUUCCUGGAUCGUGAACCAUCUAACGGCACAAGACUAUGCGCUCUACGCGGUCCAGUUCCAUCUUUUUGUUACCUGUGUCUUGUUUCUCAGCCGGGAGGGAUUUCGCCGUGCUUGCUUCCGGGCUGACAUUAACAGUGGUGAUGAGACUAGGUUAUUGAAAGUGGCGUGGGUGACAUUUCCACUCGGAACUGCCAUUACUAUUGCAGCAUGCGUCUUUGUGUUAUGGUGGCAGAACCUUAGUUCCUCCGACACUUAUGCGCAGGCUAUCUUGAUUCACGGAUUUGCAUGUGUACUGGAGCUAAUGGCUGAGCCUUUGUAUAUCCUCUCGCAGACAUUGACGCAUCUACAAUUGCGGCUUAUUGUUGAGACUUUUGCUACAGUUUCACGUUGUGUAGUUUUGUACUCUCUCAUAGUCAUGCAAACCAACAUGGAAAAAGGGAUAAUCUUUGCACUGUCCCAAGUUGCAUAUGGAGGUUCCUUAUGUCUUGGGUACUGGGCUUAUUUUCUCUUUUGUGGUGUUUUCAAAAGUUCGGAUCUCUUUCCUUUCAGACCCGGGACCGCCAUGGAUUUCGAUGAGGAGCUCUCGAACAUGUGUAUGCUAUUUACUUUUCAGUCCUUCCGAAAGUUGAUUCUCCAAGAAGGUGAAAAGUUGGUCCUCGUAUGGUUAGAUACAUCUUAUAAUCAGGCUGUCUAUGGGAUCGUCGACAAACUAGGAAGCUUAGUUGUACGCAUGGUGUUUCUUCCCUUUGAAGAAAGUACAUACACUACAUUUGCCAGAAUCGCAUCAGAUGAUGAUUACCAGCAUAAGAGCAAGAAACUUGGAGUUUGUCUGACUGAGGCCUUAAAGUUUGUAAUUUUAAUAGGUCUUACAUUUAUGGCAUUUGGCCCGAGUUAUUCGUACUCUUUUAUCAGAUUGUUAUAUGGUGAAAAAUGGAGCGAUGGAGAAGCUUCCUUGGCACUACAGUUUUAUUGUCUCUACAUCAUCGUCCUGGCCAUGAACGGAACCUCCGAAGCAUUUUUACAAGCAGUUGGAGGGAAGAAUCAACUAAAGCACUUAAACAACAUGUUGCUUGUAUUUUCAUUGAUCUACAUCAUAUUAAAUAUUUUGCUGAUAGGAUCUUUAGGAGCAAUAGGUUUAAUCUUGGCAAAUUCCUUGAAUAUGAUUCUAAGGAUCACCUGUUCAGGGCGAUUCAUCCAACAUUACUUCCAGGGGACUUCUUCAUUCUCGUUCCGAAAAUGCUUACCUUUAGGCUGGCAGGUUCUUAUCUUUUCAGGCAUAGUCACUCUCAUCUCAGAGAAAAUCUUUCUUAACCAUAAGAAUUUCCGGGCAACAUUUCCUCUCCAUUUGGCCAUAGGUGUCCUAUGCAUCUGUCUCUCAGCCAUUGUCAUAUACCGGCGUGAGAGACUAUUCAUCGAUAAAAUCAUACGUUUCAGGGAUCAAGAUCACGAUCACAGAGACUGAAUAAACCAUUAAACCCGUUGUGUGUCCCGUUUUUCUUUCUUAUAGGAAGAGAGAGUCUGGAACUUUUGUACAGAUAACCAAUCACAAGUUUUGCCUUGUAUAAAAUCAAUCAAA